UUAGUUCAUAUUAUUCAGUCGCAAUUAAUUAAUUAUUGGGCAGCCUACGACACGUUUGCCACGGACAACAUGGCAACUCUGGAUCAGAAAUCACCCAACGUCCUUCUCCAGAGCCUCUGCUGCAGAAUUACGGGGAAAAGCGAAGCUGAAGUUGCCCACCAGUUCCAGUAUGCGGUGCGAGUCAUUGGCAGUAACUAUGCGCCCACUAUUGAACGAGACGAGUUCCUGGUGUCGGAGAAGAUCAAGAAAGAAUUGCUGAAGCAGAGGAGAGAAGCAGAUGCUGCUCUGUUCUCUGAGCUGCACAGAAAACUUCAGACACAGGGUGUUUUGAAGCAUCGCUGGUCGGUUCUCUACCUGCUGCUGAGCCUUUCUGAAGACCCCCGCAAGCCAUCCAGCAGGGUUGGAAACUAUGGAGCGCUGUUCGCCCAGGCCCUCCCCAGGGACGCCCACUCCACCCCGUUCUACUGCACCCGUCCCCAGAGCCUGGCCCUGGGCUACGGGGAGAGGAGUGCCGGCCUCUCCGCCAGUGUUGGGACCAGCGGGAUUUCCAGUCUGGGAGUCUACACACUGAACGGACCCACACCGACGCCACAGUCCCUACUGGCUGGUCAACCUCCUCAGUCUGCAGCUGGAGGCGGUCAACCUCUGGGCUCUCGGUUAGCCUGGGCUCUUCCUGUAAGCUCCUCCCCCUCCUCCGCUCUGGCCCCGCCCACUGCUCGGCCACCGCUCGGGCCUCCGGUUCCCGCCACCAGAGUCAUCCGUCCUCGACGAGACGGCGAUCCGGCCGGUGAGGUGAGCGAGGCGGCGCUGGUGCGUGACAUCCUCUACGUCUUCCAGGGAAUUGAUGGCAAGUUCAUCAAGAUGAACGCCCAGGAUAACUGCUACAAAAUAGACAGCAAGGUGGUGCUGUGCAAGUCCCUCAGGGACACCAGCAGCCGACUGGCCGAACUCGGCUGGCUCCACAACAAAGUCAGGAAGUACACCGACGCCAGGAGUCUCGACCGGGCCUUUGGAUUGGUCGGACAGAGUUUCUGUGCCUCGCUCCACCAGGAGCUGAAGGAGUACUACAGGCUCCUGUCUGUCCUGCACUCACAGCUGCAGGUGGAGGAUGACCAGGGUGUUAACAUGUGCACAGAGAGCAGUUUGACUCUCAGGAGACUGCUGGUCUGGAUGUACGACCCCAAAGUCCGACUUAAAACGCUGGCCGCCCUCGUCGACUUCUGCCAAGGUCGUAAGGGAGGCGAGCUGGCUUCGGCGGUCCACGCUUACGGGAAAACUGGAGACCCACAGAUGAGAGCGCUGGUUCAGCACAUCCUCAGCCUGGUGUCCCACCCCAUCCUCAACUUCCUCUACAGGUGGAUAUACGACGGAGAGCUAGAAGAUACUUACCACGAGUUCUUUGUAGCAUCAGACCCCAACGUGAAGACCGAUCGUCUGUGGCAUGACAAGUACUCCCUCAGGAAGUCAAUGAUCCCCUCGUUCAUCACCAUGGACCAGGCCCGCAAGGUUCUGCUCAUCGGUAAAUCCAUCAACUUCCUGCAUCAGGUUUGUCACGACAGGACGCCGCCGGGCAAGAUCACACCGGCGUCCAAAUCUGCAGACACUCCCAAGGAUGCUGCCGAGCUGCUGUCGGACCUGGAGGGAGCGUUUCAGGAGAAGAUUGAUGCGGCCUACUUUGACACAAGCAAAUACCUGCUGGACGUUCUCAACCGCAACUACCUGCUGCUGGAGCACCUUCAGGCCAUGAGGAGAUACCUGCUGCUGGGCCAGGGAGACUUCAUCAGACACCUCAUGGACCUGCUAAAACCAGAGUUGGCCCGUCCUGCCACCACUUUAUACCAACACAACCUGACUGGUAUCUUGGAGACGGCAGUCAGAGCCACCAAUGCUCAGUUUGACAAUGCAGAGAUCCUCAAGAGGCUGGAUGUACGCCUGCUCGAGGUGUCUCCUGGUGAUACAGGCUGGGAUGUUUUCAGUCUGGACUACCAUGUUGAUGGACCUAUUGCAACGGUGUUUACAAGGGAGUGUAUGGGCCACUACCUGCGCGUGUUUAAUUUCCUGUGGAGGGCCAAGAGGAUGGAGUACACGCUGACUGACAUCUGGAAGGGACAGAUGUGUAACGCCAAGCUGCUCAAAACCAUGCCGGAGCUGUCCGGCGUGCUGCAUCAGUGUCACAUCCUGGCCUCCGAGAUGGUCCACUUCAUCCACCAAAUGCAGUACUACAUCACCUUUGAGGUGCUGGAGUGCUCCUGGGACGAGCUGUGGAACAAAGUGCAGCAGGCUCAGGACCUCGACCACAUCAUCGCCGCCCACGACGUCUUCCUGGACACCAUCAUCUCAAGAUGCCUGCUGGACAAUAACAGCAGGUCCCUUUUGAACCAGCUGAGGGCCAUAUUUGACCAGAUCAUUGAGUUUCAGAGCGCCCAGGACUCCCUCUACCGCUCAGCGCUGGAGGAGCUCACCCUCCGCCUGCAGUAUGAAGAGAAGAAGCAGCAGAGAGAGGAGGAGGGUCAGUGGGGAGUGACGGCCGAGCAAGAAGCAGAGGAGAAGAAGAGGAUCCAGGAGUUUCAGGAAACCAUACCAAAGAUGCGCUCCCAGCUCCGCAUCCUCACCCACUUCUACCAGAGCAUCGUCCAGCAGUUCUUGGUGUUGCUGAUGACCAGUUCGGAUGAGAGCCUGCGCUUCCUCAGCUUCAGACUGGACUUCAAUGAGCACUACAGGGCCCGAGAGCCGAGACUUCGAGCCUCACUGGGCGCCACCCGUGGGCGACGAAUGUCAAAUAUCUGACACGGCGGCACUGGCGAACGAAUAUUUGUCACAUUGGAGCACGGGGCGCGACAUCACAGAGACUAUAGCAGACUUUAAGCGCCUCGCGUCGGGAUGAUGUCAUGCCUUGGAGGAGCGAUCCAGCGCUGUUCUGGUACCACGGCAGCAGCGGCGACGGUCGCCAAGUGAUGACAUCACAGCAGACAGCUCCAACCGAGUCAGCUGAGCGGGAUCGCAGAGGAGUAAAUGAAACUUUGAGAGCUUGGUGUGGCGAGCAAACCCUGAAACGGAGAGCUUCAGCGAGAUUUCUGCAAAAUAUGAAUCCAUUGUGGAGGAGUGUGAGGAGGUGAGAAACGCUGCUGUCAGACUGAGCUCCCCCGAGUCACACAGGGCCACCUUACAUGGCAUGCCUUAUUAAAAUGAGGAAAAAAAGCAAAACCUUUUUCUUCUCAGUGUGGUUGCCAAAUCUAGUCCCAAUGUAUGUACAUAGAGUUUAUGCAAAAAUGUAUGCGUGUUGUUUAUGCAUCUUUCCACAUCGACACCUGUGGCUUUCCAUCUUCUCACUAGGGUUCGACCGAUAUGGGUUUGCUAUUGAUGUUUGUUUUUUUCAAUUUUGUAUCUGCAGCAGUUAUUAAACUGCAAUCAAUUUUAGUACAGUUGUUCAAAAAUAAAGCCUCUGCUGGAGUUUUGUCCUCAUUAAGGUGGAAAAAAAAAAUGAAAUUUGCGCACUGAAAACUGUACGGACACACAAGGCUAGCCUUUGAUAUGUACCGGUUUAUCGGUCUAACCCUAGUUCUCUGCACUCUCCUACUUACAAUCCAGGGUUUUUUUAGUGUGUCAGGUCAACUUGAUCACAAUCAUACAGGGGAUGUGGAAUUACACAGCACACACUCUCAAACAGUUCUGCAUGAGACAUGAAGACAAGGAGUUCAGACAAGAAGCCGACUUUAUUAUUAAUUAUCAACUUCUUCUUUUUUAUUUUAACUAAAACGUUUGCCAUCAGGUUCUGAGAGUCAAAGAAAAUCUGACUUCAGACCAGUGAGAUGACUCCCUAACUGAGACUUAGCCUUCAAGAAUGUUACUAAGGAUCCACUUAGUUUAUAUUUGAGUGUCUCUUCCCUUUAUUUCCCUGCUUGGUCUGUGCUUUCAUGUCUGUACGAGAGAUGGAUCAUGUCAAAGAAUACAAUCCUCACAACAACCACAACAACCUCACUUCUUUUCACUCCAUAAACCACAGGAACUAUAAAUGCGCAGAGUUUCUUUAGUAAAAAUAAAACCAUUUAAAAAAAAAAAAAAAAGUGUAAAUAUUUCUAAGUGAAAGUCCACGUUUAAAUAAUUAUUUGUUAUGAACUCGGGCGGUUUAUUUUCUGAAAACGAGUAUAUUCAGACAUUAUACAGAAGAAAGCAAGCUAGUAGUCUAUUUAAGUGAGGUUUGAAGAUGAUAUUAAAGGUGACUUUAUUCAGAAUUGUAGCAUCACUUCAGGAUAAAAAUAGAACCUUUAUUAGUUUUAAAAGCUCAAAUGGCAAAGUUUUCUUCCUGUUCUGUUCUGAUCACUGUAACUUUUGGAUUUGUUCAUGUUGAGUGUAUUUGGCUCUAUACUUGCAGUUGUUCACCUGACCCAAACUAUCAAUCCACAGCAAAAAGCCUAAAAUAUUUGCUUAUAGAUUUAAAUCAGAAUAUAAAUGAGGGAAUUUCUGAAUCCAAUUAUGACCCAAACCUGAGCAGUGAAGUGUAAGUUCUCAUUUGCUUCAUAACUUACUUGCUGGAUUUGGUUUCAUGUAGUUGUCGUAAAAAAGCUCAGAUGUUGAGAUAAGAAACCAAGUUGUUUGCAUUUUAAUCAAUAAAUUAUACAAUCAGUCUUGACUGUUGUGGGAGCUCCGGUCCCGAGUCAAGGAUCAGAUGUUUUCAAGACAAAAAAAAAAAGGAAACUAGCAAGCCAGAUUUAACAUAAUUGCUUGUGCAUUUUGAAAAGUUACAGCUGGUUUAGUGUUAUAUGUUCACAGACAUUAACAGUGAAUCUAAUUAGGACCUCGUGCGCCUCCUCUUCCCUCUAAUUCCCAUUUAACUAUACACAAUGGUAAUAUUUCAAGUGAAGUUUUGUUUCUUUUUUUUUAAAUUAUAAGUUGAGUUUCCUCAAGCAGUGCUGUUCAAAUGUUUCAUUGGUUCUGCACAUUAACAAACUUACAGUAUAUUUCAGUUUUGUACAAUAUUCUUCCUCAGCAGCGUUACACAGGGAGUCCACUGGCGGAUGUCCUCCAACAUCCGCCCUGGAGUCUCUGUGCACUUCCAGCUAUUUACAUAAAUGUGUGGUGCAGUGGUUUCCCUGAUUUGAUUUUUGACUUUCAGUUUUAUUGUCAGCGAAACAAAUCGGUGCUGCGUACGGUCUGUAGACCGCUUUACUGCUUUCUGACAAUGAGUUCCUUCAUAUACGUGUGUAAAGAAAUGAUUGAAAUGAAACUGGACCUGGGUCUGCUCUUGUGCUCUGUCUGUUUCUCUGUACUCCACAUUGUAUAGCACAUAAUGUAUAGAAAAUAGGGAUACAAACCAUCCCGCUUCCUCUUUAAUAAAAUGUUUUGUUUUUUUUAAUGAAUGUA